ACACAAAAAAAAAAAAUCUCAAAGAAUCCGAAACCCACCAACAUGAUCAAAGAGACACAGUAGUGACACAAUUGAGAGUUUGAGAGGACACAGUCACUUCAAAAACUCUGUUAUAAAAAGUGUAUGGUUCCCCCCAUUACUCUCCUCACUAAGCUCUCUCCAUUUCCACCACUUCUGUACGAUUGUUCCACGCGUCCAGAGCCAGUCCUCUCACCCAGGGCAUCAUCAUAACACGUGCCCUUCGUCAACGCUGCUUCCACACUCAGACUCAGGGCUCGUCUCUCUCUUUGGUGAGCGAUAAAAGGUUGGGUCGUUGUUGUUGUAGUAGUAGCAGUAGUAGAACAAGUGUCAAUGGCAACCAAGGGUGAGGUGAAGAAGGAGGUGUUUGAAUCGGAGGAGGAUCUGGCUGUGUCUCUCGCCAAGUACACUGCUCAGCUGUCUGAUAAGUUUUGUAAAGAGAGAGGAGCUUUCACUGUCGUUUUGUCUGGUGGGUCUCUCAUCAAUUCCCUCAGGAAACUAGUGGAACCCCCGUACAUUGAUUCGAUUGAAUGGUCGAAAUGGCAUGUCUUUUGGUUGGAUGAGAGAGUGGUGCCAAAGGAUCAUGAAGACAGUAACUAUAAGCUUGCUUAUGAUGGGCUUCUUUCUAAGGUACCAAUCCUCCCUGGCAAUGUUUAUGCCAUCAAUGAUACCCUGUCAGCUGAGGCUGCAGCUGAAGAUUAUGAGACACGUCUCAGACAUUUGGUUAAGAGCAAUGUUAUAAAUUUAUCAGCAGCUAGUGGGUUUCCAAAGUUUGAUCUCCAGCUGCUGGGUAUGGGCCCAGAUGGACAUGUGGCUUCUUUAUUCCCAGGCCACCCUCUUGUCAAAGAGAAUAAAAAAUGGGUUACCUUCAUUAAGGACUCGCCAAAACCACCUCCAGAAAGAAUUACUUUUACCUUUCCAGUGAUCAACUCGUCUGCAUAUAUUGCCCUUGUGGUGACUGGUGCUGCUGAAGCUGGAGCAGUGCAAAAUGCUUUAGGAAAUAGUCAAAAUUCUGAGAAGCUGCCUGUUGCAAUGGUUUCACCUGAAGGGGAGUUGGCUUGGUUCUUGGAUACGGCUGCAGCUUCAAAGCUGUAGGAGUGGGAAUUUCUACAGCUUUGUGAGUUGAUCAACAUAUAUAUUAGUGUGUUUUAUCUUGUACUGUGGUUAUCAGAGAUCAUAUAGGUGUUCUGUUGUAUUUUGUGAUCUCUGUGGUAUGUAACAACUAGUAAGGUUUUUCCAUCUUCUGUGUUGGUAAUAAAAGAAUGGUUUGAAUAA